AAGUCAAAUAUUACCUUGAAAGUCCAGCCCUCGUUCUGCUUUCCUUCUCCCCCUUUUUUUUUUUUUAUCUUCUUUUUUUUUGUGUGGGUCCACCACCUUUGAAAAGUCAAAUAUUACCUUGAAAGUGACAUCAAGUCAACGUCCUCUUCCCCAGAGAGAACGUCAGAGCAUCGAGCGCGUUUUCAGAUGGUUUCACUUGACUGAAGUGACAUCAAGUCAACGUCCUCUUCCCAGAGGGAAUAAGAUUUUGGUAGAGGCAAGGUAACGGAAAGACAGUAGUUAUUAUUGAGAGAGACGAGAGAGAUGGGGGUGUGUUUCGGUACUCCUGACUUCCCUACUCCUACCUUUGCUGGUAAUCCCAAGUCAGGAGCGAAGUGGAAUAUCACCACUUCAUCAUCUUCUGCAGCAAGCAAUAGCUGUGACUCGCGGCCUCUCCCUAUAUCAUCUUCUGCAGCCAGCAAUAGCCAUGCCUUGCUGGCUGCCCACGGCAAAAAGGCCUUCAGAGAUGGAAAGACUGUGGCAGACGCCAGCUUGACCAUCUUCAGUUUCGCAGAGUUGAAAGCGGCGACCAAAAAUUUUCCAGCCGAUGCACUGCUUGGAAAGGGAGGAUUUGGUUGUGUCUAUAAAGGUAUGCUUCCUGGGAAGCAACCGUAUGGAAGUGCAGAGACUACAAUGCUUCCUGGGAAGCAACCGUAUGGAAGUGCAGGGACUAUAAUAGCUGUGAAAAUAUUAAACCAGAAUGGCACUCAAGGGUAUAGAGAGUGGCUGGUAAGAACUAAGUUUCGUCUUCAAUUCCUUUCUCGGAAUACAAAUACUUUGCUUUGUCAAUUACAAAACCGUAUGUAAGGGUAUAAUUGGUAAUUUAACAGAAAAAGCAAUAAGAAAUCCAAUAUAGAGUCGAAGCAACCCAAAUGCAUGAUGGUACAGAUGGGAGCUCGUAAUGCCCAACUCAACUGUGUCAAUAAACACCCUCGUUGUGAAAAUAGCAGGAGAAAUACUGGACAACCUGAAUUAUGAUGGCCAUGUAAACGCAAAUCCAAAUGUAUUUGAAGUUGAUUAUCCCAGGAUUUCUAUAAGUGGUGGCCUGGCCUUUUAAUUUUGUUUCUGAAAGGGCCCUUGUGGAAUUGCAUCUGAUUUUGAUUAUAGAGAGAUCAGAUAUUUCUGAGAGUUCAUUGAUGGCCUCAUUGGCUUUGUUGGGGUGCAAAGUUAUGGCAGUGGGCAGCAGACAACACUAUUGUUGGUGCCCAAUUGAGUAGUGUUAAUUGUUUGGUGAUAUUAUCUAAACAUAUUUUCAUGAUCCUCGUGAAGUUUUCAGUUAUUUAACCUCUCACUUUAGUGUACACAAUGUGCAUUAUUUGAAUUUAAAUGAAGUAAAAGAAGAAUCUAAGAAGCAAUUUUGUUCUUGAGAUUAUUUGGUCACUAAGGUCCUCAGCAAAAUAGAUUUUAUGGCUCCAUUUAGUUAACGGUGAUGAACUUUCUUUCUGCAUUUCUUUUAUUUUGUAAUUGACUUAGUAAACCCAUGUCAUGGAGUGUGUUCUGCCAUUGGCUUGUAUGAUGCUAACUAUUGGAACAACCUACUUAGUGUAAUUCGAUUGCAAGGAAUGAAGAAAUUGCGCAAAUAUAAGUUCAGUCUUCCAUCCAUGUAAUGAUCAACUUUUUCGAUGUGAUCAUAGCCCUUAGGCAACUCGUCUUUCCAACCUUGUUUGACUAAUGCAAUGCGGUUCUUUUCAUAGUGAACUUGUUUUCUUCUUCCUUCGAGUGAAUUCUCCUUCUAUAUUCAAGAACUGAAACAAAUUGCAAGGCCUAUCAAACCAUAUAGGGUGGAUACACCACAGCAAGAUAAAGUCACCAGUUUGAUCGCAAAUUAUAAAUGGUUUCACUCACAAAUUCCAGUGAUUCUGCAUUGCUACUACUGGUUCAUGGCGAGCUAGAUAUUUUCUACAGAGCUAGUAUGAAUUGAAGU